GGCUAUGUUCUGAAUAUUCAGCUCACAGUGUGGAGUUUUUCAUCCAUGAACAGGACGGAAAGACAAGAAAGAUGGGGAAAGAGACCAGAGGAAUGACAGAGUCAAGGCCCAAACUAGCCACUGCCAGGAUGCAGUGGAAUUUCCACGUUUCACCUUCAAUGCGAAGGAAGGAAUUGAUAAUCCAGCGCUGGUUAUCAGUGAUGAUCCUGAGCCCAGUCCUGGCUUGAUGCCCACACUGUGUCAGCUUAAGCGUCUGGAGGGACAGAGCUUUGGCUUCUACCUGCGAGCAGACCAGAGCAGUCAGGUGUUUGAGAUCAGAGAUGUGGAGCCAUGGAGUCCUGCAGAGCACAGUGGCCUCAGGAAUGGAGACCGAGUGCUGGAGGUUAAUGAAGAAUAUGUGGACACCAUGGACUUCUACAGGGUUGUGAGGAAAAUCCAGUUGUGUGGACUACAUCUGUUUCUCCUGGUGCUGAGGAGAGAGGCGUAUGAAAGGGCAGUGUCUAUGGGAGUGGACCUACAAAUGCUGGCCAAAGCCUCCAAAGGGGACCACUGGUCAAGGCCCAGAAUGUGUCACAUCAGCAGAAACCCAGCCAGCGGGCUGGGAAUGACCAUUAUCUCAGGGAAUGGUCAGAGGGGCCAGUACAUGGUGAGCACAGUGGCUGAUGGUCCAGCAGAGAAAGCUGGUGUCUGCACUGGAGAUAAGUUGAUCUGGAUCAAUGGAGCCAUGGUGUCAAUGCUCACACGUGCCACUCUCAACAAAACUAUGAAGAAGAGUGGGGACUCAGUGACAGUACUGGUCAUUGACAGUGACAGUGAAUUCUGCUAUGCCAGGAGGAAGAUGCCCAUCUUACCUGUGAUGGCAGAAAACUGCAGCCUUCCCGACACUACCAAGACCAUGCAUCUGGUGAAAGGAUGCCAUGGAUAUGGCUUUCUGCUGAGGCAAGAGAAGGUUACAGGUACACGACGGAUAGUUCAUGUGCUGAGGGAGGUGGAUGUGGGGAGUCCAGCUGAGGAAGCGGGAAUGGAGGACGGAGACCUGCUACUAGCUGUAAAUGGGGAACUUGUUGAGUCCAUGGAGCAUGAAGACAUUGUCAAAAAGAUUAGAGAGAGUGGUGAUAACGUCAUCCUCACUACUAUAUCUAUACCAGGAAGAGACUUUUACAGAGAGUUAGGCAUUCCUCCUUUGUUGUUUCAUGAAGCAUGUUCUCUUCGCUGCGAUGACAACCAGAGGGAAACUCACCUGAGAAAAACCACAGUGCGCCAGGAUAGAGAGGUAGCAGAGGACUCAGGAACUUUAUCCACACAGCUGUCAGAGAGAACACAUGAUGCUUUCUUGUAAUGGAAAUGAACAGAACACAGAUGACCAAAGUCAUGAACAGACAUGGGAAGAGGAAGCCCUCAGGCGUAAAGAAAGUAAUGAUUUGCAGCAGACAGAGAUGAGGCUGAAGCUUGAAAUUAUUUGUCUCAUAAGAAUCUUCAGUGAGUCACCAGUAACAUCACUGUGUAACUGUCUUCCCCUUCCAGGCAUGGUUUGGUCCUGGACAGUCUUUCACAUCUAUAACGAGAUCGCAUGGGCUGCUUAUUUAACAUUGUGAUUGCAACAGCACCUUUUGCUUAGUUUACAAUUUUUUUCCCCCAUUUUUCGCAUUAACAGUGGCUGUUUUGUGUGAAAGUUAUCAGUUAUGUAAUCCUUGUAUAGUGUAUGAUUUAUGCUGAGGAGUGUCUUUCAAAGAUUAAACUGCAUAUACACAAGCCUAACAUCCACAUGCGUUUUGAAAUACUGAUUUUCAUGUAAGAUUGUCAUACACUAUCUGGCUGUAUUCAUUCACAUUAAAUAUUUGUGACAUGAUGUGUGCAAGUGUGUGUGUGUGUGUAAAUGCGCUGUUCACAGUGUUUGCUGCAUUUAUGAGUCAAGCAAGGAGGUAGUUCUGCUUUUCACAAUUUUUGAAGAACAACAACAAAAAAGAAAUGCACGAACCCUUACAGUGACCUCAGAUUCAGAUUCCGACACAGACCUGACACAGAUUAUGGAUUUCUCUUUUUACAGUUUUUCUCAUUUGCUUUGGUUCAUUUCUCAGAUCAGAAUUGAAAUUCUCAAAACUACUUGUUCAAUCUUCACUUCAUUGUGUCACUCGUGCACAUCAAAAAGCAGUUUCUCAUUUCUUUGAACAAGUUGCAAAUGCUUUGGUCCAUCCAUGCAAAUGAUUCUGCACAAUUCCCUGCGGUUUCCUACAUUAUCAGUUGCUUAUGUCAUGGUGAUCAAAAUUUAUUAUAAUGGGUCUCUGUUGAAUAGUCUCACCCUCCACAACAUUUAGGCAUUAGUUCAUCACAUCAGUCUUUACAUGCAAAAUGAUUGUUGUCAUAAUAUGUCAAGGAUGUUUCUAUACAUUUCCAUUAGACUUUUUUUCUAAAUCUGUCCUGACUUGGUAAAUUGCUCUCAGGUGAAUCUUGACUUUCUCUAACAAAGGGAAAUGUGUGAAGGGUUAGGGUUUUCUGAAAUCGCUCAAAGACACAAGAGAAGAUAUUCAUGAUGUGGAUGAGAAUUUGUGGCUCAACAGAUAGGAACGCAGGAGGUGUAGGAAGACUGAAUUGUAAUUCCUACAGCAUUGCACGUACAGUUUUCCCUAAGGAGACUGUCCUAUGCUCACAUUUCUACUUUUGUUGUUUUCUUUGUGCUAUGUAGCGCUGUUUUCCUUUCCACAUCACAAUGACGUGGUCUGUCAAUAAAUUACAAUACAAACAGUAAAAGCGUAAAUGUGAAUCUUGUCCAGUCUCUUGCAAUCAAUCUCCCACAUACACGAAGGUGGAACUUACAAUUUACAAUAAUUGUCAUUAAAACUUUAGCCAUAGUUUACAUUAGAACAUCCCUCCAGAGAACACUGUUAGAAUGACAACAUGACUCAGCGAUCUGACCGUCUUAACCAUACAGUUACACAAGAACUUAUCAUUCUGAUGACACUGACAUGUUCAUUGACACAGAUAUUUACUUUUGAGAGAUGAACUAAGGAUUUUGAGCAAGAGACUGAUUUUUGCAGGUAAUCCAUGGUGUUUUGCUAUUGUACGAAUUGUUUUGAGAAAUGCACUUACUGUUUUGCAAAUGUUGAGGAUGAUUCGAGAAAUGUACCAAAGCGACUGAGAAAAACCAUUGUAGCCCUUUUAAAAAUAAAGAUUAAGUGUACAUAAACACA